AUGGCCUUCGAGGCGCAUUCUCUUCCACCAGCGCAGACCCCCCGGAUUCCCCUUCUUCGCGGCUCCGCGAUCGACUCUCUGUGCCCAAAAGCAUUUUCCGGCCCCCUUGUUACUUCUCCGGUGUUCGAUCCCCGGUCGGGACGUCGAAGUGUGGGCGGGGGGUCUGUCUCUGGGUUUCUUCGUGCUGUUCAGCACGAAGAAUGCGACGAGUCAAACUUGGUCGUCCGGUAUGAGGAUGGAGAAGGGAGAAAUCGAGUUCUCUGGGCCACUGAAAAGUUUUCCUCCGACGCUUUAUCCAGCAGGAAUCGGGGCCUACGAGCCUAUCGUCUUGCCAUGGCCGAGCCCGUUGACCGAGGAUUCUGGCACAUCGCAACCUUGCGAUAA